CGAUCCUGACCGAUGUCGGGAAGAGGACGGAUAUGUUGUUGAGCCCUAUACAUGUUAUGGCACGACUGUUGGACCCUCGACUGAGGGACAUCAGCGUCUUCAGCAACGAGGAGCUCAUCGCGCAGUUCGACAACGUGGUGGACCGCCUUGUUGCCAAGAAAGGGACACAAAAGUUCAACGACUGCACAGACCAGCUGUACGACUUCCAGUUCGCCAUAGGGGUUUUUGGGUCGGUCGGAGCAUUAAGGAGCGCAGAGAAGGACAAUGCAGUGCUCUGGUGGAAGGCACACGGAGGUGGUCAUCCUGAGAUCAAGAAGUUGGCGAUCAAAGUGCUCUCAAUAUGGACGACAUCCUCUCCUGCAGAGAGGAACUGGAGCACGUGGACCCUUGUGCAGAUGAAGACAAGGAACCAGUUAAAGCACAAGCGCACCGAGAAACUGGUCUACUCCCUCUGGAACCUUAGGUUGAAGAGCAGGGGGGAGGACGGUCCGACAGUGAAAGGAGGGUGGUUCGGACUGCAGCGUGAUUGGGAGGACGAGGAUCUGGACGGCGAGGCGGCUGGUGAGGUUGACGUGGACGACGGUGUUGUUGUUGGGCUUGAGGCUGCCGGAUCUGAGAGAGGCAGCACCACCAUCGAGGAGGAGCAGCAGGUGGAUGAGCAGCUGGACGAGGAGCAGCAGGAGGAGGAACAGCCCGAGGAUCAGCAGCAGCGGGGGGACGAGGAGCAACAUGAGCAGCAGGAGGACAAGCAGUUGGUGGAGCCGCAGCCCGAGGAUCAGCAGCAGCGGGAGCAGCACGACCAGCAAAAGGAGCAGCAGAUGGACGACCACGUAGAGGAACAGCGAGAGCAGGAGGGAGAGCAGCAGGGGGAGCAGCUGCAUGCAUUCUAUGGUCCGAAGAGACCGUCACAGCUGCUUGGCCGUCUGGGGGCUGCUCCUAGUGGCUUGUGGGAUCCGCUCGCUUAUCGACCUUCCCGUGGUGGAAGAGCCGGUCCAUGAGCGGGUCCGUCUACUAGAUGCAGGAGAAAAGGUUAACCGACCCCCCAUUUUUCGCCUCAAUUGGUAAGAGGCAGAGGACGCCCACCUUUGACAUCCACAAGAGGCAGAGGACGUCCUCCUUCCUUAUCCAUGAGAGGCAGGGGGCGACCGCGCUCUACCGAUUAAACAGACAGUGCAGAGGGAAGAGGAGGAGGAAGAGGAGGAGGAGUCAGAUGAGAAUGAACCGCUGCACAGAGC